AACAUAUGAUAUUUUUGUACGCAAAGCCCAUAAUCCCCUUCUUCCUCUUCUUCCUCCUCUUCUCCACUCUAAAUUGAAAGAAUUCACCGAAACAGGACGCCAAAAACUGCUCAGUCAAAGUCAUAAACUCCAAAAACCGCUAAGUUAUUCACACAUGGCUUGGAGAGAGCUUCUCAAAAAGAGUAUUCAUGCUAAUCGAUAUAGAGCUUUGGCGAGGUCAGUUUCUACUUCAGCUAUAUUCAUAUCAGAUUUCUCAUUCAGCUCAUCUUUACAAAGGUCUUGCUAUGGUGAAGUAUUGAAGAAAGAACCCCUGAUGCGGUGCUUUCAUGCAACCCCAGAACAGUUGGCUAGGAGAAGAACUGAAGAUUCAUUUGAUUUAAAGACAUUCAAGAGAGAGAACAAAGGAAAGUUCAAGAAAAGGGAAAAGGGGAAUCCACCUGUUGAAGCUGCAUAUGUGCCUCCUAAACUGAAAAAACCUGCAAAAAUUUUGCAAGAUAAAUCAAUUGAUAUAUUUGAAGGCAUGACAGUUAUUGAGCUUGCGAAGCAGACUGGUGAGUCAAUUGCCACCCUGCAGGAUAUUCUUAUAAAUGUGGGGGAAAAGGUUGCCUCGGAGUUCGAACCUCUAAGCAUAGAUGUUGCAGAGCUGGUUGCUAUGGAAGUUGGCUUAAGUGUGAGAAGGAUACACUCUAAUGAAGGCACAGAUAUUCAACCACGGCCUCCAGUUGUAACAGUCAUGGGUCAUGUUGACCAUGGUAAAACUUCCCUUUUAGAUGCUCUACGUCAAACAUCAGUGGCAGCCAAGGAAGCUGGAGGCAUAACUCAGCAUCUGGGUGCUUUUGUUGUUGGCAUGCCUUCUGGAGCAUCUAUCACAUUCCUUGACACCCCUGGUCAUGCUGCGUUUAGUGCGAUGCGAGCAAGAGGUGCAGCAGUCACAGAUAUAGUUGUGCUAGUUGUAGCUGCCGAUGAUGGAGUGAUGCCACAAACUCUUGAGGCCAUGGCCCAUGCAAAAGCAGCUAAUGUACCAAUUGUGGUUGCAAUCAAUAAAUGUGAUAAACCAGCUGCUGACCCAGAGAGGGUGAAGACUCAGCUGGGUGCAGAGGGGUUGGAGCUGGAGGAAUUAGGUGGGAAGGUUCAGGUGGUUGAAAUUUCAGCCAUAAAGAAAACUGGAUUGGAUGAUCUGGAGGUGGCUUUGCUUCUUCAGGCUGAAAUGAUGAAUCUAAAAGCUCGAAUUGAUGGGCCUGCUCAAGCUUAUGUAGUAGAAGCGAGACUUGACAAGGGACGGGGUCCAUUGACUACUGCAAUAGUAAAGGCGGGGACUUUGGUUUGUGGGCAGCAUGUGGUUGUAGGUUGUGAAUGGGGCAGAAUAAGAGCAAUUAGGGAUAUGGUAGGGAAAAUGGCAGAACAAGCGAGACCAGCAAUGCCAGUCGAGAUCGAAGGUCUAAAGGGGCUUCCAAUGGCUGGUGAUGAUAUAAUUGUUGUGGAUUCUGAGGAGAGAGCUAGAAUGCUCAGUUCGGGGAGGAAAAGGAAAUUUACGAAAGAUAGGCUUAAGAAGAUUAACGAGGAGAAGAUUGAAGUUUUGGAACCUUUGGAAGAGGCACCAAAGAGGGCUGAAUUACCAGUAAUUGUGAAAGCGGAUGUACAGGGAACUGUUCAAGCUGUCACCGAUGCUUUGAAAACUUUAAAUAGUCCUCAGGUUUUCGUGAAUGUGGUCCAUGUUGGUGUUGGGCCUAUUUCUCAGUCUGAUGUUGACUUAGCACUAGCCUGUGGUGCAUGCAUAGUUGGAUUCAAUGUAAAGAGUCCGCCUGCUUCUGUCAGUAUGGAAGCAACUCGAGCUGGUAUAAAGAUAAUGAUGCACCGAGUGAUUUAUCACCUUUUGGAGGACAUUGGCAAUUUGAUAGUAGACAAGGCCCCUGGGACUUUUGAGACCCAGGUUGCUGGGGAGGCUGAGGUAUUGAAUAUCUUUGAGCUUAAAGGAAGGAGCAAGGGAAAGGGUGAUGAUGUGAAAAUCGCCGGUUGCCGGGUUAUUGAUGGCUAUGUCAACAAAUUGUCAACAACGAGGCUUCUGAGAAGUGGGGAAGUUGUGUUUGAAGGAUGUUGUAUAUCCCUCAAGCGCGAGAAGCAGGAUGUGGAGACAGUGGGGAAGGGUAACGAGUGUGGACUUGUAAUCCGUGAUUGGAAUGAUUUCCAGGUUGGAGACAUCAUUCAGUGCAUGGAACAAGUUCUUAGAAAACCCAAAUUCAUUUCAUCAGAGAGUGGCGCUGUUCGAAUCGAGUGCUGAAAAUAUUUUUGUUAGUGAUAUCAUAUAGAAAACAUUUAUUUGUUGUUUAACUAUUAUUUGUCCUAUUUUAUUAGGUAUAAGAAAAUUUCAUGUCACUAAUUGGUCAACACCUAGACUUGGUACAGUCUGCAGGUCUCAUCCCACAAAUUUUGUCUUUCGAACGGACAUUCCUGCUAGUCUUAUCCUAUAUACUCAACAGGAGCCAAAUUCAUAUGCACAGAGCGAUUUUGGGAGGUAAUACUGACUAUUUAUUUUGACACUCAAUUUCACUUUUGUUGUACUAUUGAUCAACUUCUUAAAUGUUGUGAAAUCAAAGUAGUGAUAAAGUAGUAGGAAGACAAGGAAAUAAGUUGUUAUUUCAAAAAUUUUGCUGAGACAGGAUAUGCCUUAUUUGUAAGAUGGGGUACCUUUUGACAUGGUUUUGAAUGAAGGCAGAUAUUUAAAUGCUUGAUCGACUUA